AUGAGUCAUAACAAUAUCCGCCAAACAAUGCCACAAAGUAGCAACCCAUUUUCGUUGCUCGAUGUCGACGACGCCCCGGGCUCUGCGAACUACCCGUCAACCGAGGCACGCAAGGUCAUGAGCGACGAAGAACAGAGAAGCGACGGUGGCCCCGUCGUAGCUUCUUGGGCGGGAUAUGUAGCGAACGGCCGCAUGACCCGGACGCUUAACCAACUCUGGAUCGAGUCCGGAGAGUCCGUGUCUGCUUUCUUGGAGCGUAUCUUCGAAGUAGAAUACGUGGGACUGGAGCUGAAAGCGUUCGAGGGCCUUCCUGCUUGGGCUGUCCCGCUUCCCGAGGACUUCGAUGAGGAGAAACAUAUUGGCUGGGCAACCCACAAGUAUGUCCUGGAGAGGCGACUUCACAUCUGCAUUGAAAUCGAUCCAUCACCCAAGCAGGCCUGGCUCAAGCCCUUUCUGGACCCAACGAUGGAGAAUUGGAUCCGCGACUCGAGGAAGCGUCUCUACGGCGUCAACAAACUCUGGGAGGCGUACGAUUUCCUCUGCCACUGGGCUCUGGACAUAGCCCGGACCAGGAUAAUGUGUCCCGUCCUCUACGCUCUGGACAACUACACCCAGGACAGCAUCCGCAAUCUUCGCCUCGGAGAUUCGAUCAAGAAGAAUAAAGACAAGGGCGAGGAGAUUGCGACUACUGGUGUUCGAUCCGCACUCAAGGAAGACGCGCCAGACGACAACAAAUAUGAAGAUAGUAAUAGUGGAUUCCGCAGAAUACCAGCCCCGGCCUACCUGGGCCAUACCUUCUCCAUCUCCAUCUCCGUCUGCAUCCUCAUCCAUCUCCACGCCCCGCCCACAAUUCGCCUUCACCCGUCGACGUCCCGAGAACACCGAGCGCGAACCUACUCCCCCCAAUCCCAGACCCAACUUACCCCUAUUCCCGUUUCAGAUUCCAUUCUCGCUCUCGCUCCCGCUCUCCAGCCAAUUAUUCCCCCGAGCCCGAAGAGCCCCGAAGACGCCAUCGCGCAAAUGGCCGAAGCCACGCGCGCCGGCGUCCGAGCCGACUCCUUCAAAGCGUGGUCGCACUUUUUCUCGACGCAGCUCGCGCUGCAGUACAACCACCCCCUAACCCCCGAUUCCGAUUACAAUUUCGGUUCCGGUUCCGGCUGGCCCUCGUCCAUCGACGAGACGUUCCGGCUGUUUCUGCGCGAGCUGUGCGAGCGGUUCCAGGGGACGCACGACACCAACACCGACGCCGACACCGACGCCGCGGAGCUGCGGGAGUGGGUGCGCGGCACGAGCCGGUGGGUCGAGGCGUACAAGGCCGAGGGGGAGGAGCGGGCUCGCGUGGAUGAGUUGCUGCGGAGGGCUUUGGACGGUCGGGGGCAGGAGUGA